AUGUCUGUCAGCUUGACCGUUCUGCGGGCUGCUCCCCUAUCCCGGACAACGGCUCACUCCUUUCUGUGCUCAGAUCCUGGGCUACUUGGGGUCUCAACUGCGGAGACAGUUGACAGGGUUGACAGACGACAACCCUUGCAAGAGCCCUUGGUGGCCCAGGAGACAUGGAGACUGGCUUCGGGGGCAGAUGCUCAGCCCCAAGAGGAUGCUGAGCUCCUGGAUCACAUGGCGAAUUCGGUAACCUUCAAUGAUGUGUAUGUGAAAUUCAGCCAAGAAGAGUGGGCUUUGCUGGAACCUUCCCAGAAGCAACUCUACAAAGAUGUGAUGCUAGAGACCUGUGAAAACCUCACUGCUAUAGGCUACAAUUGGGAUGACCAUAAUAUUGAAGAACAUUUUCAAACCUUUGCAAAAAGCAGUCAGCUCAUACGGCAUAAAAGAACACAUACUGGAGAGAAACCUUAUGAAUGUAACCAGUGUGGUAAAGCCUUUGCACAAAACAGUCAUCUCAUAAGCCAUAAAAGAACACACACUGGAGAAAAACCUUAUGAAUGUAAUGAGUGUGGCAAAGCCUUUGCAGAAAACAGUACUCUCUUAAGCCAUAAAAGAACACACACUGGAGAGAAACCUUAUGAAUGUAAUGAGUGUGGCAAAGCCUUUGCAGAAAACAGUACUCUCUUAAACCAUAAAAGAACACACACUGGAGAGAAACCUUACGAAUGUAACCAGUGUGGUAAAGCCUUUGCACAAAACAGUCAUCUCAUAAGACAUAAAAGAACACACAUUGGAGAGAAACCUUAUGAAUGUAACCAGUGUGGUAAAGCCUUUGCACAAAACAGUACUCUCUUAAGCCAUAAAAGAACACACACUGGAGAGAAACCUUAUGAAUGUAACCAGUGUGGUAAAGCCUUUGCAAAAAACAGUCAUCUCAUAAGCCAUAAAAGAACACACACUGGAGAGAAACCUUAUGAAUGUAACCAGUGUGGUAAAGCCUUUGCACAAAACAGUGCUCUCAUAAGCCAUAAAAGAACACACACUGGAGAGAAACCUUAUGAAUGUAACCACUGUGGUAAAGCCUUUGCACAAAACAGUACUCUCUUAAGCCAUAAAAGAAGACACACUGGAGAG